AUGGAGAAAAUUGAUACACACGCGCAUGUUGUUCCUCCUGGGUGGAGGAAGUAUUGCGAAGAGCAUGGGUUUGGAAAGCCCGACGGAAUGCCGGCGAUUCCAGAAUGGACACCAGAAGCGCAUAUUGCACUCAUGGAUAAGCUAGGAGUUACCAAGUCUAUUCUCAGCAUCACAUCCCCUGGCACUUAUCUCAAGCCUGGUGAUGAUGCUCUUGCGCGCAAGAUCACUCGCGAGACCAAUGAGGAAUUGGCGGAAAUUUGCUCCAAGUAUCCUUCUCGUUUUGGCUUCUUUGCAUCAUUACCCCUGCCCGAUAUUGAGGGGUCUCUGGCCGAGAUUGAUCAUGCCAUCAAGCUUGGCGCAUCAGGCUUUGCUGUAAUGACUAAUGCACAUGGCCAAUAUCUCGGGGAUUCCACUCUCGAUGCCGUCUUUCACAAACUUAAUGAAGUCAGCGCCAUCUUGUUCAUGCAUCCCACCACUUGCUGUGGGAGCGAUCCUAGCGCCGUCAAGCCCAUGAACCAGUAUCCUUCUCCAAUGCUAGAGUUUUUCUUUGACACUACGCGCGCAGUAACAAAUCUACUGCUGUCUGGAACUGUGGAACGGAAUCCCAACAUCUCAUUCCUCGUCUCUCAUUGCGGAGCUACUCUUCCACCACUUGUGGAGCGGUUCACAAGCUUUGCAGCCAUUAUCAACGCACCUUCAACGCUCAACUCAGAUCAGGUUAAAGAAUUGUUUAAGACUAGAUUCUUUUUCGAUCUUGCUGGGUUUCCAUUUCCUGAUCUGAUACAUGGUUAUCUUCGCGUGUCGGACGAGUCUCGGUUGCUAUAUGGUACCGAUUUCCCAUUCACGCCAGCACAUAUGAUAGAAGUUCAAGGUCAGACUAUGGAUAGUGGACUUAGAGAGUUAUUUGAUGAGGAAACCAUCAAGGGUAUCUACUCUGGACAUGCAAAGAGACUGUUAAAUCUUUAG